CCUCCGAGCUGCUCCCAUUCUUGAGGACUUGCAUGUGAAACGGGAGAGAUAAACAGACGUGCGGAGCGCCGAGGAAAGGACAAGGGGAGAGAGAGAGAGAGCGAGAGAGAGAGAGAGUGAGAGUGAGAGAGAGAGAGAGAGCGAGAGAGAGAGACGGUGCAUUAGAAUUUAGGAAACAACCUCCCUCCCCUCUCCUCCUCCCCUCUCCUCCUCCUCCUCCUCCUCCUCCACCUCCUCCUCUUCCCCUCCCUCCCUUGUCUAUCUCUCCAUCUUCAUCCCUCGUUCUUUUUUCUUUAAUGGAUAGGAAUUAUCCUGGCACAGGAUUCGGUGAUCUGGGCGCAGGAACGGGAUGGAGUUACGAGAGAUCAGCGAAGGCAAGUCUGAUGUAUGGGAGUUCCAGAUCCUCCCAUCCGGACUCAGAACUGCUCCAUCGUCAAGCAUACGCCACAGCACACCCCCUGCAGGGCUAUGCAACCAAUCAUCACCCAGGCAGCUCUGGACAGGGUGGAGCGUGGGGUGCAGCUGGCCGGAGUUUAGGGCUUUCAGGAUUGUUUGAUGCUGGGUUACACCAUGCUAGCACCUCAGGGCCUGACGCAUCCGUCAUGAACCUGAUCUCUGCUUUGGAAUCCCGAGGUCCACAGCCUCCCCCUUCUGCCUCCUCCCUCCUCUCUCAGUUUCGUACCCCCUCUUGGCAGACUGCAAUGCAUACUCCAGCUCCUGCAGAGCUCUUCAUCUCCAGUGCUUUGCCUGGAUCUGGCUCCUUCCCUUCUUCCUCAGCCCUGUCAGCGUAUCAGCACCCUGCCUCUUUCUCAGGGCGCUCCUUCCCUGGAGUGACCCCGUCGCUGUCUCUUCAGGACACGCCCACCUUCAGCCCCACCUCCAAUGGCCUCCUGUCACCACAUGAUCCAUUGCUGCACAUAAAAACACCUUCCCAGUCCAGUCUUGGCUUUGACCGUCUUCUCUCCUCUCAGAGUGCAGCGGCAGCAUACAGAGGGGCUCAGGAGCCCUCCAGUGCUCCUCCACCUCCAGCUCAAGCAUCCACAUCAUCUUCCUCUCGCCACUUACCUCCUCCCCAGUUUAACCUGCUCUCCUCACAGCUUCAAGACCAAUCCUCCCAGCUAUACAAUGCCUCUGUAUUCUCCUCAACUCCUGCACCUCCACAGCCGCCUACCCCCCAAGAAAGAGCCAUUCCCAGGCAAGACAGUGUGAUUAAGCACUAUCAGAGACCUUCCCCUGCACAGUCCCAGUUGUCCUCCACCACGCCCCAUCCCCUGCAACAUUAUCUUAGCUGUGGAGCUUCGGGGUACCAGCAGAUCUCCCACCAUAGACAUGGAGGAGUAAACUGUAGUCCUCUGGGUGACCAGAGCCCAUCAUCUGAUCCCAAACCCUCACCCCGGUCAGAGCAAGUUUACCGCCCCAUAAUACAGCCCCCAUAUAGUACCUCCUCGACAUCUUCAUCAGCUGCCACAGGAGGUGGUAUCGGGAAAACAGGAAAGAGUUCUAGUUCGAGCAGUGGCUACUCGUCCUCUAGCUCUUCUUCAUCCAGAACACCUCACACACCCCCCUCAGCUUCCUCCACUUCUUCCUCCUCCUCCGCUUCAUCUAACCCCAGUGCUUCAUCUAGCUCCUCCUCUGCCCCUUCAAGACAGCAGCCACCACCCCAGGCUGCUCCCCAACCCCCUCCGCCACCUCCUCCGCCUCCCCCUGUGUCCUCUUCUGCUGCACAACAGCCUCCCCCCAAACCCUGCCUUUCCACAUAUGGCUCUCCUGUUGCUCCUGUUAAACCCACCUCUGGGCUCCCUGGCCAAACCCCACCACAGCAACACUCACAAUCAUAUUCGCCAAGUCAGCCCCCGCCCUCCCAUCUGUCCCAGCCUUAUGGAGGAUUCAGCUCCCCACAGGCCCAGGAUCUGAGCUCCGGUCCUGGGGGGUCAGGAAAAGGGUUUGGAGGUCUUGGAGCAACGGGACGUUCGUUUUCAGCUGAGGUGGUAUAUGGCUCCGAAUCAGGAUAUGGUUCUUUACCACCCUCUCUUGGAGGAGCAGGAAGUCCCUCAAUGGGCUAUGGUGGUCCAGGACAUUCACCUGCCCUAAUUGGAUCUGGAGGGAGUACAGGUACAACAAGUGGUGGUACUGGCUCAGGAGGGGGUAGUUCAGGUGGUGGAGGUGCUGGCAGUAACACUGUUGCAAGUGGUGGAGGUGGAGGAUCAUACCAUCUACCAGACUCCAGCCCAUCCCCUUCAAGUAACUCUGGAAUUAUCCGCCCAGGACUACACUCCCCUGCUCCCACUCGCCCUGCACAGUCUCCAGGAGGAACUGGGGGUACCAAAUACCUAUCCUCAGUUCUUUCUCCUGCUUUCUUAGCAUCUCCACAGGGAUACUCAGACACAAGGGCACCACCACCCCAAACACAGUCUUAUCAUUCAGCACCACCGAAGUCCAAGUCAGAGUCUGAUAUGCUCAGUAUUGAGCGAUCCCAAGAAGAGGAUGAAGACGAUGAUGAUGAUUUUCUAAUUCAGCAUCUAUUGCACUCUCAGAGUCCAGCACCUCCCCCCUCUCAGCACCACACUCAACAACAGCCACAGGUUCCUUCCCAGCAGCAGCCACAGUCCCAGUCAGUGCCCCAAAGUGGGGAAGGAACAAAGGGGAUGUCUGCCUAUGAACUAAACAAGGCUUCUGAGGAGCGCUACCACCUUCAGAGUGUCAUUCGCACGAAUAAUGCCACCAAUAAUGUGGCUCCUGGUGCUGCAAGCUCCACAGGACUAAGCACUCCUUCAGAGAGUCAGCUGGACAUGUCUCUUAAGAAGCAGCAGCAAGCAAAAACAGAUGUGUCUGGAGCUGGGGCAAAUGGAGGGCGAGGAGGAAUGGAUUCACUCUCUCACUCUCUUCCCCAUGCACCUCACACUCACCAACAUGACUCCCUUGGCUCUGUGGUUCACUAUGGGAGAGGGGACCCGUAUGUCCACCAGACACACCAACACCAACAUCACUCUUCUCACACUUCACACACACAGCACUCCCAACAUACACAGCACUCCCACCCACAUUCUCUGUCUCACUCCCACAUGGAGCUCAAGAAAGCUCCCGAUACAUCAGAGCUGCCCUUUUUGCGAAAGACCCCAGAUUUGCAACAGAGACAGUCCCAAACUUCCCUUUCACACAUGGAUUCACCGCCUGACCAGACUCAGCAACCUCAGCAAGCUCACCUUCUCCAGUCUGUUCUUUCUCACACCACACGUAACAAGAUAGACAUUCAACAGGCCCCCCAGCAACAGCCGCACCCUAUGAGCCAACAUGCUUUGAUGGGACCAUCUGGAGGUCUUGGGACUGCUAGUGGUGGGGGAGUGGAAACCCAGCCACAGGCCUCUCAGCUUCAGCUUCAGCUUCAGUCCCAGGCUUUGGAGGCCCAUUAUGGACGUGAAGCACAGCGAAACCAAAGUCAGUCAAGUCAAAAUUCUGUCUCGCAGCUAGACAUGCUUGAACGGUCACUCUCAAGGACAAACAGCCGUGAAGGUUCAGGGUCCACUGAGAGGAUUGUUGGUGGAGAUGGUGGUACCAGUGAACAUCAUAGAACACAACAGCAGCAACAGCAGCUGCAGCAGCAGCAGCACAGGAUGCCCUCACACCAUCAGUCUCAUCAUCCUCAACAAACACCUUCAGAGCUUGAUUUCCUGAAUGAGCCGAAUUUGAGCAUGUCAACUCAGUCUCAUCUGCACCAUAUGACACACCAUGCACACCCUCAUGCCCACCACCAGCCACAGCCCCACCCUCAUCAUCAACACUCUCACCAGCACUCUCAUCACAUGGCAACCAAUUCUGCCCCUCUGCAGCCCCAGGCCCAGCCCAGGGAACCAGAGCCCCAGCUUGCCCAGACACAACUAGAUCAGCUCAAAGAGCACCAGUUUGACACAGGAAGUCCUGUUGGGAAACAAACUCAGAAUCAGGGACAGAGCCAGCAGCAACAGCAGAGGUUUGUGCCUCUGACCUCCAUCUGUUUCCCUGACUCUCUGCUCCAAGAUGAAGAUCGGUCAUUUUUCCCAGGAAUGGAGGACAUGUUCUGCUCUGAGGAUUAUAAGUCAAGUUGUGCAGGAGGAGGUGGUGCAGGCCAAGGAGAUCAGGAUAUGGUGUCUGAGGGGCGUGUAAAUGUUCAAGAUGGAAUAGAAUCAGUUAAAGCAGGUGGAGGGGCAGGUGGAUAUGACAUGAUGGGUCACCAUGGUGACCAAGGAUAUGGGCAGUACUGUCACAGUCUUUCUGAAACUGGCAAUGGCACCAUGCAUCUAGAUUUAGACUCCCUGAAAACCCAUGAACUCCCAUCCACUGUGAACACAGAGCAACUGGGCCUGAUCCAGUCUCAGACUCCGGGCAUUGGAAUGGGUGGGACAGGGUCUGGUGUAGAUGGAACAGGGAACAAAAUGAUGGGAACGUCAGGUGUAGGAAGUGGAUCUGGAACAAGUGGGCUGACCUCACCCAUCUUCUGUUCCUCUAGACCCAAAAAACUACUAAAGACCAGCUCCUUCCACCUUCUGAAACAGCGGAGGGAUCCCAACUCCCAACCACAGGCCAAGAAAACAUAUGCCCAAGAAUAUGAAUUUGAGGAUGAUGAGGACAAAGCAGAUGUCCCUGCUGACAUUCGACUAAACAGUAGGCGACUCCCAGAUUUGCUUCCAGACCUGGUGUCAAGUUGCCGAAAGUCCGGUGGCGGUUCAGGGGUUGGUAGUCUAAGUCCCCUAAUGGGUGACUUGGAUUUCUGCCACCCCUCAGGGUACCCGUCUCUUGGACCACCUCCACAGCUUCUUCCCCAUGAAGGGCCAAAGAAGAGGGGUAGAAAGCCCACCAAACCCAAAAGAGAAGGCCCUCCCAGGCCCAGGGGAAGACCCCGUAUUCGUCCACUACCAGAACCUCCGUACUGUAGAGGCCUGAUGGGACCUGGUGCUGGUGAGACCCGAAGGGGCCGUGGUCGAGGAAGGGGUCGUGGCAGGAAAGACGAUCUUAUGCUGGAAAUGCACAGAGACAUGAACAAAGGACAAAAUUACCAUCAACAACCUCAUCAACAAGCACCUCAUCUUCAUCACCAACAACAACAGCAACUCCAACAACAGCAACAUCAACAACAACACUUACAGCAACACAUGCACCACCACCCACAGCCACAGCAGCAUCUCCAACCUCAGCAGCAACACAUGCACCAACAACAGCACCUACAUGCACAACACCAUCAGCAACACCUACAUCAACAGCAGCAACAUCAUCAACAGCAGCCACAGCACCAACAUCAACAACAUCCCCAACAACAUCAGCCUCAACAACAGUAUCAGGAACCUAUCAAACCAAUUAAGAUCAAGCUCCCUCUUCCCUCCAUGCCUUCAUCUGAGUCCCUCUUGAGGACAGAUUCCUUGUCGAGCACAGAUCCAGUUCUGUCUGAUGGCUCAGUAGGAUCUGCUCCAUCUCUAGGCCUGAGCCCUGGGCCCACAUCUGCGCUGGACAUGAACAGGGCUGACAUGAACCGUGUUCAGGAAAAGAUGAAACAGAAGGACCAAGAGAUGUCCUGGGAGAGGGACAUGGAUGAAGACCUAACCCCGGAGGCCUGGGCUACCAUGCAAAAACUAUCUAGCUCAGCUGAUGAGAAACCCCCAGAGCUGAAGUCUGGUUUCAUAACUUCUUUCUUGGACUUCUUGAAAACGGAGAAGAAGCAGCCAGGCCCUGUCGUCCCUUCAGAUGACCCGUCGGUCAAAGGCGGGAUCCGUCCAUUAUCCCCACCUCCGCCUCCACCACCACCACCGCCUCCUCCAUCAUUUGGAGAAAGCGAGGGCGAGGGGGGUCUGGCCCUCAGCAACUGCCCAUCACCGUGCAAGCGCCUGGACGAGGAGCUUAAGAGGAACCUGGAGACACUGCCCUCGUUCUCCUCCGAUGAGGAAGACUCCGUGAGUAAGAACCAGGACCUGCAGAAGAGCAUCUCCUCUGCCAUCUCUGCACUCUACGACACGCCCCACAGUCUGGCAGCGGUCCCACCACCUCCCACUCCAUCCCCGCCCACUCCACAGGACGUGCCCCUUGACACGCCUCCCCCGCCUCCUCAUUCAGAACCUCUCCCUCACUCACACAGUGAGCAAAAACAUGAAACAGAAGCUUCCAUAUCACCCCCUGAUGUGGAUCCUCAUACACAUUUGGAGACGCAGGAGAGCGUACAGACGCCUCACGCUCAGGAGGAAGAGGGAUGCCUGCAGGACCAAGAGCAGGAGGAGCUGGAGGAGGCGGAGCCAGAAAGUUCACAGCAAGAAGAAAAUGAGGAAGAUGAGAUGGAGGAAGAGAGAACAGAAGAAGAGAAUGUAGUGCAGAGGGAAGAAGAGGAGAGAGAGGCUGAAGAGGAAGAGGAAGAUGAGGAGGAGGAGACGGAGUAUGAUAUGCUGGGUGCUCCCAAGGGUGAAGAUCCUUCAACUGAGCCUCCUCCUGCUCCUGCGCCGCCUUCUCCUCCUUUCCUUUCUCCUUCUCCACCAAGCUCUUCCUCCUCUUCUCCAUCUCCUCUUCCCCCACCUCCUCUUUCUCUUCCCUCCCCUCCUUGUGUGCAGGAGGAAGAAGAGGACAGUCCAGAACCUCCAUUAUCACCACCACAACCACAGCUACCAUCACAGCCGCAGCUACCAUCACCAUCGCAACCGUCAUCAAAAUCACAGCCUCAGCCACAGUCAGCUCCCCUACACCAUCAGUCUCUGCCCCCCAGCCCUUCUCCUCCUGCCCUCCCCUCUCCAUCUCCUCCACCUCCUACACUCCCUCCCUCCACCACCCCUCCACCAUCUUCCUCCCCUCCUCCUCCAGCUGAUCUGCCCCAACCAUCUCCUCCCUCGCCCCCUACCCCAGAAGACGCCCCCACACCUCAGAUCACCUCCCUCCACCUGGCCAAGAAGCAGGACAACGCCGCCAUUGCUGGAGAGAGCGAGGAGGAAGACAGUGAGAGCGGUGGAGAGGGAAUAUUCAGAGAGAGGGAUGAGUUUGUGGUACGCACUGAAGACAUCGGCACCCUCAAGCUGGCUUUACAGACGGGCAGAGAGCCUCCUCCGAUUUGGAGGGUACAGAAAGCUCUAUUGCAGAAAUUCGCCCCUGAGAUCAAAGAUGGCCAGCGGCAGUUCUGUGCUACUAGUAAUUAUCUGGGCUACUUCGGAGAUGCAAAGAUGCGUUAUCAGCGCUUGUAUGUGAAGUUCUUGGAAAACGUGAAUAAAAAGGAUUACGUCAGAGUGUGUUCACGGAAACCCUGGCACAGAGCUGGAAUUACACUCAGGCGCCAAUCACUCCCUAAGCCGACGGCACUUGUCCAAACUCCGCCCCGCGUGGACCGAGAGGAGCGAGAAAAAGAGAGAGAAAGGCAGCGAGAGAAAGAGCAGCGAGAGCAGAGGGAGAGAGAAAAGGAGAAAGAGAGGGAAAGAAAGGAGAGGGAAAGGGAGCGAGAGAAGGAGGCAGAGCAGCGGGAGAAAGAGAGGAGAGAAAAGGAGAAGGAGAGAGAAAGGGAAAGAGAGCGCGAGAGGCAAAAAGAGAGAGAGAGGGAGGAGAGGGAGAGGGAAAAGCAAAGGGAGCGGGAGAAAGAGAAGGAGAGGGAGAGAGAAAAAGAGAGGGAGAGGGAGAAGCAAAGGGAAAAGGAGCGAGAGAAGGAGAGAGCGAAGGAAAGGGAGAAGCAAAGGGAGAGGGAGAGAGAAAAAGAGAGGGAAAAACAACGAGAGAGGGAGAAAGAGAAGGAGAGGGAGCGAGAGAAGCAGAGAGAAAGGGAGCGAGAGAAGGAGAAACAGGAGAGGGAGAGGGAGAAUCAACGGGAACGAGAGAGGGAGAAGCAAAGAGAGAGGGAGAGAGAGGAGAAGGAGAAAGAAAGGGAAAAGGAAAGGAAGCUCCAGGAGAGGCAGAAUCAGGAGAAGCUGGAGAGGAGAGGAGGCGCGGAGCGAGGGAGGGUAAAGGAGGAGAAGAAAGGAGGAGAAAGGAGAGCAGAGAGAGCUCGGAGCCGACCUGUUAAAGUCAAAGCAGAGCCUCCGCCCAAGAAGAGGAAGAAGUGGCUGAAGGAAGUUCCUGAAGUUCCCUCCUCCGAGUCCGACUCAUCACCGGCCAGUGAAGACGAAGGUUCAGUGCGCAGUGGGUUAAACAGUCGAGCGAUGCGCGAGAUGUUCCGCAGUUAUGUGGAAAUGCUGGUCAGCACGGCACUCGACCCCGACAUGAUCCAGGCUUUGGAGGACACCAACGAUGAGCUAUAUCUCCCACCCAUGAGGAAGAUUGACAGCCUUCUGAACGAACAGAAACGACGACUGCUGCGGAGGAUCAACAUGAGCGCUCAGCACCAGGAGGCGCUGCACAUGUUCCCUCAGAUGACUGCUGAUGCUCUGGAAUCCGGCACAGUGAAAGUGCGCCUCGGAGGGGAGGGUUACAACCGCAAAACCCUCAAUCGCGUCAAAAGGAGCGUUCCUAAGCAACAGGAUCUGAAGCUCUCGACAGAGACGUGUCGGAUCUACAGUCUCUAUCACUCUCUGCAUCAUUAUAAAUAUCACACCUUCCUGCACUGCAAGAAGGAGACGGACAGUAUAGAGCAGGCAGCGGAGGACCCCGGUCAGGAGGAGGUGGUCCAGCAGUGUAUGGCCAACCAGGGCUGGCUGGAGACCCUCUUCAACUCCUUCAUCGAGCUGCUGACCCUGAGCAACAAGGCUUAGGGUGGUGGUGGUCAGAAGGUCAAAGCGCCCUUACGGCGCAUGCUGAGCGGACGGCGGACUGGACCGUUGUGGACCUCUGAGCGGCAGGAAGUCAGAAUGUACCAUUUUUCCUAACACAGUGUGUGUGUGAGGAGCAAAGCAGUGUUCCGGGCUGUUGCAUCGUAACUUGAAAAUGCUUUUAUUUUUUUUUCUGUGACACUUUUUUGUUUUUGUUUUUGUUUUUUUUUCCUCUUUUUUGUAUGAUGUAAAUGCUCCUCAGUGGAAGAGGAGGAAAAAAACAUGAGACGGAGCAGAAAGAGGAGAGAGAAUGUGUGUAGAUGAAGAAGAAGGAUAGAGUCAGUGCCAAUGUGAACAGGGUUAGAGCCUCUCGAGCCCAGAGGUGAGCUUUGAACGCUACGUUCCACGCACACUCUUAAAUAUAUAAAUAUGUAUUAUUGAUGAUUAUGAUUUGUAUUAUUUAUACAAGGACAUUUUUAACAAGUACACCCCCCACGCGCAGAAAGCAUGGGCAGUUUGCUGUUAUUAUUUUGAAUAAUAAUACUCCUGUUUUAUUAGGGUGUACAUGAAAUGAUCUACCCAUAAUUCCCUGCUCUUCCUGCCCCCCCUCCCAAAACUGAAGGAAACUAAAGGGGGUCGGACACGGACUUUGAGGGGAGAGUGUAAGCUGUGUGUGUGGAUUCAUUUCUGUUCUUGGGAAGAAAAAAAACAAGAGCGUGGGAAAAUGUAUUUAAAGUCAAAAAGACGUGUUUUUUCUGUUUGUUCUUCAAAAGAAAAAGAGAAAAAAGUGGAGUAUCUGUUCGUUUUCUCUAAGAAAGCGUGAUGGUGCAGAGGGAUGUAACAAAUUUUUAAUGUGUGAACUCGUCUGUGUUCGUUUUU